CAACAAGCCUUUAAAGAGCACUGAGGCUACAUGAUGAGCACUGCAGUGGCCGUGGUGCACUAGCAACAGCCUUCUCCACGAGCUUUCCCCAUUGUAUCAGCCGAUUUCCCGCGGGAGCCAUGUCCGGUCUUCUCCCCCUCCUCCUCCUCUGCUCGUCCCUCCUCACCGCAACGACCAUCGCCGACGACUCAAUCCCCAUCUACUGCCCGAGCAACAUGAACUACACGAGCGGCAGCGCGUUCCAGGCCAACCUCGACGUGCUGCUAUCCUCCCUCCCCGCUGCCGCGGCUGCGUCGUCCGGGUUCGCCAAGAACACCACCGGCGCCGCGCCCGACCAGGCGUACGGCCUCGCGCAGUGCCGCGCCGACGUCAACCCGUCGGACUGCCGCGCGUGUCUCGACGGCUCGCUGCAGGACAUGGCCAGCAAGUGCCCCGGCCAGAAGAGUGCCAUGCUCUUUUACGACUACUGCCUGCUGCGGCACUCCAACGUGAGCUUCUUCGGCGCCGUCGACACGUCGCUGUUGCGCUACUGGUGGAACCCGCAGAACGCGACGCAGCCGGAGCAGUUCACGUCGAGGCUCGGCCCGCUCAUGAGAGACCUCGCGGCGAGGGCGCCGUACGCGUCCCGGAUGUUCGCGGUCAGCUCGGUGGCCGUAACACCCUUCGUGAGCAUCUACGGCAUGGCGCAGUGCACGCGGGACCUCACCGCCGACGACUGCAACCUCUGCCUCGUCAGCGCCGUCGGUGACAUCCCGAAAUGCUGCGAUGGGAAGAAGGGCGGCCAGGUCAUCUACCGGACAUGCUCCAUCCGGUUCGAGGUCUACCCUUUCUACAACGCCCAGGCCGCCGAGGCGGCGAUGUCUCCGGCUCCCUCCACGGGAGGCGGGUCCGUCAACGGCAGCGAUCACGCGGACCCAAGAAGAAACGGAAGUAAUCACACUGUCAGGACAGACCUCGUUGUGUUAAUUCCUGUUGCUGUCACGCUGUUGGUGCUGCUGCUACUUGGUGUGUAUCUCUGCGAGAGGAACAGGAAACCACACCAGCAUGUACAGAUUGCAAGCGCUAGGCAUGGAGAUGAUGAAGAAAUGAGAAGCUCAGAGUUUCUCUUGUAUGAUUUGAGCACCCUAAGAACUGCCGCUGACAACUUUUCAGAAGAAAACAAGCUCGGCGAAGGCGGGUUUGGGUCAGUUUACAAAGGUACACUGCAAAACGGGCAGGACAUUGCAGUGAAGAGAUUGUCAUCAACUUCGCAGCAAGGACAAGUGGAGAUGAAGAACGAGGUCGUGCUGCUCGCAAAGCUCCAGCACAAGAACUUGGUGCGCUUGCUUGGCUGCUGCAUCGAAGAACACGAGAGGCUCCUCGUCUACGAGUUCCUCAGCAACAAUAGCCUCGACAAAAUCCUUUUCGAUCCUGCACGGCGACAUGAGCUGAGCUGGGGACAGAGGCACAAGAUCAUCGAGGGCAUCGGCCGAGGGCUCCUGUACCUUCACGAGGACUCGAGGCUUACGAUCAUCCACCGCGACCUCAAGGCGAGCAACAUCUUGCUGGAUGAGGACAUGAACCCCAAAAUCUCGGACUUUGGCUUGGCGAAGCUGUUUAACAUGGACUCGAGCGUGGGUAACACGAGCCGCAUUGCCGGAACACACGGGUACAUGGCGCCGGAGUACGCCCUGCACGGCAUCUUCUCGGCCAAAUCGGACGUUUUCAGCUACGGCGUCCUCGUCCUCGAGAUCGCCACCGGCCGGCGCAACACUUAUACACAUGCUUCAGGACCUUCUGAAGAUCUGCUUACCUAUGUUUGGAGGCACUGGAGCCGCGGGAGCGUGCAGCAGCUGCUGGACGGCUGCCCGGCCGAGGGGCGACGGCCGCAGGAGACGCUGAAAUGCGUCCACGUGGGGCUGCUCUGCGUCCAGGAGGACCCGCACCUCCGGCCCGGCAUGGCGUCCGUCGUCGUCAUGCUCAACAGCCGCUCCAUCACGCUGCCGGCGCCCACCGCGCCGGCCUUCGCGGUCCCCGGCUGCGCACUCACUGAAGUUGAGGCGCGCGGGCGGAGCACGGAUCGCAACGGGCCGGUGGCAGCUCGGGAGCCGUCGAUCAAUGAUGUUUCUGUCUCCGAUUUGGAGCCGCGUUGAUGGUCAUCAGAAUCGACGACGUCGAACAAUCAGUGAACAAUGGCGCUUUGUCUCCAAAUUAUCAUCUGGUUUUGAAUUAAAGGAAUAGUAUUCAAAUUUGAAUCUAUCUAUCUAUUACUGAAUA